CUACAAGAAAACCUAAUCGCAGAACGGACACUGAAAGAUGGAAAGGACAUUAUCGUCUUUAAUAACUAUGCCAUUUGGCUAGUCAAGCUGUUGCAUUUUUGCUUCUUUUUCUUCUUCCUCAGUGUCAGAAAUAUUUUUCACAUCUCACCCAGCUUGAUGUUUCUGGUUUUCUUCUUCGGGUUUUUUAUCAUUUUUUCUUUUUUUUGCAUGAGUUGGUACAGCUGUUUCUGCUUUAUUAAGCGAGUAACAAACGAGGAGCUAAUCGAUGAAGAACUGAACCCCUCCGUGCUGAACGAUAUAAUUCCUCAGAUUUUCUUCUCCGUGUGCUCCUUUUUGUUGAUAAAC